AUGACGCUGCAAUACGACCCGGAAUACCGGGCCGUCGUCGCCGCCAACAGCCGCGGUCCCCCGCGCCUGCCGUUCAAGGACGUCUUUGAGAUCCGCAACUUCACCAACCCCAUGCUUCACGCCGUACUCCGCGCACAGCCGUCGCCCGAGGACGUCCUCGAGACCAGGAUCCCCUUCACGUCCGACGAUGGCGCCGAGCUCGGGCUCCACCGCUUCGCGACUACGGAGAUGAUCGAGGCGGCCGAGCCGCAGGCCGCCGUGGUCUACGUCCACGGCGGCGGCUUCGUCGCGGGCAACGUCGACAUCUUCGCCCCGCAGAUCAAGCGCUUUGUCGAGUCGUCGGGGAUGCCCUUCUUCGCCGUGGGCUACCGCCUCGCGCCCGAGUUCCCCGGCGGCGUGGGUGCCGAGGACGUGUUCCACGCGCUGAGGCACCUCUCCGAACACGCAGCGGAGUGGAACGUGGACGCCGCGAAGAUCGUCCUGAUGGGGGACUCGGCCGGCGGCGGGAUCGCAGCGGGCGCGGCGCUGAUCGCGCGGGACCGAGGGCUGGCGCCCCCGCUGAGGAGGCUGGUGCUGGUGUACCCAAUGCUCGACGACCGGACGGCGCUGGCGGAGGGUAGCGCCAUGCUCCCGCUGCUGACGUGGAAGCCGAACGACAGCAUGCUCGCGUGGCGGGCGGUGCUGGGGGAGAGAGCAGGGAGGCCCGAGGCCGAGGGGAUCCCACUGUACGCGGCGCCCGGGCGGGCCGGGGUGGAGGACCUGCGGGGUCUACCGCGGACGUACGUGGACGUGGGCAGCCUGGACCUGUUCCGGGAUGAGUGCGUCGAGUUCGUGGGGAAGCUGGCGCGGGCCGACGUCGAGGUCGAGUUCCACCUGUGGCCGGGGCUGCCGCACGGGUUCGAGGGCGCGCCGGGGAUCGGGUGGGUGAAGCGGGCUCUGGAGGCGAGGAACGCGGCGAUGAGGAGGGAAUGA